AAGAUACCAAGUGCCUAUUGAAAACAAAGACACUCCUUUUCUCACAUUUUGCCAUAUGGGUCUUGGCUGUGGAAAUUCUUGCUCUGUCCGAAGCUGCCAAUAUUCUUCUCAGAAUUCUUCUGAAGACCAGAGAUUUCUCUACUGCUGCUGCAAUGCUAGCAUUAUCUUGCAACCAGGCUGGGCUCCUAGCCUGGAUGUUGCUGCUGCUGUCCUUGUCUGAAGUUCAAAGUGACUGCCCAAGACCAGUUCUACCUCCCCAUUCUUCACUAAGAGGAGGAGGAGGAGGCCUAGAAGAUACCUAUCCAGCUGCAGCUGUUCUGAGAUUACAGUGCAACCCAGGUUAUGAAUAUAUAUCUGGAAUAACUCCUAAAAUGACAUGUCUUGACACUAGUAAGUGGUCAGAUCUUCCUACACUUUGUCAAGGAAAGAGAUGUCCCGUUCCAAAUAUAGAAAAUGGCAAAAUAGUCUCUUCAGAUGACUUGCGACUUGGAGAGGAAGUAAUCCUUGGUUGCAAUUAUGGGUUCAGAAUAAUAGGUGGUUCUGUCCGUCAGUGUGUUCUGAAAUCAGGCAUAGUUGACUGGAAUAGAGAGCUUCCAGUUUGCGAAAGUAUUCCUUGUGCUCGUCCUCCUGUAAUUGCCAAUGGAAGAUUUGAUCCCAGUCCUUCAGAUGUAUAUGAGGUUGGCUGGAUAGCAAUCUAUCGGUGUGAUGCUGAUUACUCCCUUAUUGGAGUUUCUACUAUUAUAUGUGUAGUUGCAGAAAAUGGUAUAGAUGGAAAGUGGAAUUUGCCUUCACCUGAAUGCAAAAAGGUCAAGUGCCCUAGACCAAGCAUCCCAAAUGGAAAUGUGACAAGUGUGUUUCAAGCUACAUAUACGUAUCAGGAUAAUUUAGAGAUUGAAUGCAAUCCUGGCUACACUUUGUUAGGAUCUUCUUCAAUUCAAUGCAACGCUGAUAGUCAAUGGAAACCAUCUCUUCCAGUGUGUGAUAAGAUCCCUACCACUUCCAAACCAACCAAACCCCCCACACCUGCUGUUCCUUCUACUCCCCCAAUUCCCCCUAAGCCUGGCACUGUUUCACCAAAAGAAGAUGGCACUGAAGAGGUUAAGUGCCACAGACCAAGAAUCCCAAAUGGAAGAAUAGCAAGUGUGUUUCAAGCUACAUAUACGUAUCAGAAUAAAAUAAUAAUUGAAUGCAAUCCUGGCUACACUUUGUUAGGAUCUUCUUUAAUUGAAUGUGACUCUGAUAGUCAGUGGAAACCGUGUGUUCCAAGGUGUGAUAAGAGUGACUGCCCAAGACCAGUUCUACCUCCCCAUUCUUCACUAAGAGGAGGAGGAAGCCUAGACGAUACCUAUCCAGCUGCAGCUGUUCUGAGAUUACAAUGCAUUCCAGGUUAUGAAUAUAUAUCUGGAAUAACUCCUAAAAUGACAUGUCUUGACACUAGUAAGUGGUCAGAUCUUCCUACACUUUGUCAAGGAAAGCGAUGUCCUGUUCCAAAUAUAGAAAAUGGCAAAAUAGUAUCUUCAGAUGACCUCCGACUUGGUGAAGAAGUAAUCCUUGGUUGUAAUUAUGGGUACAGAAUAAUAGGUGGCACCACUCGUCAGUGUGUUUUAAGAUCAGGCGUAGUUGACUGGAAUAGAGAACUUCCAUCUUGCGAACGUAUUCCUUGUGUUCGUCCUCCUGUAAUUGCCAAUGGAAGAUAUGAUCCCAAUCCUUCAGAUGUAUAUGAUGCUGGCUGGAUAGCAAUCUAUCGGUGUGAUCCUGAUUAUUCCCUUAUUGGAAAUCCUAAAAUUACAUGUGUAGUUGCAGAAAAUGGUUUAGAUGGAGAGUGGGAUUUGCCUUCACCUGAAUGCAAAAAGGUCAAGUGCCACAGACCAAGCAUCCCAAAUGGAAACGUGGCAAGUGUGUUUCAAGCUACAUAUACAUAUCAGGAUAAUUUAGAGAUUGAAUGCAAUCCUGGCUACACUUUGUUAGGAUCUUCUUCGAUUCAAUGCGACAGUGAUAGUCAGUGGAAACCAUCUCUUCCAGUGUGUGAUAAGAUCCCUACCACUUCCAAACCAACCAAACCCCCCACACCUGCUGUUCCUUCUACUCCCCCAAUUCCCCCUAAGCCUGGCACUGUUUCACCAAAAGAAGAUGGCACUGAAGCAGCUGCAGGGCCCCCAACUACAACUCAAACAACUCCCAAGGAUGAACCAGGAUCUGGCCAUGUUAUUGGAAUUGCUAUUGGAGCUGUCAUUGCCGCUAUAGUUCUAGCUGCUUUAAUUUAUGCAGCUGUGAGAUGGUUCUCUCUCCAGGGGAAAGCUAACACUCAUCCUGCUUCUACUGAUAAUUACCGUGUAGUUUCAGAAAAAGAUGUGGCUUUGGAACCAAAAUCAAAAGACUGAUCUGAGUCCAUUGAACUUCUACAAUAAAACUUCAGUAAUCUUUCAACAGUUUUCCUUCAGAACUGAAGAUAGGAACUUAUUAAAGAACUGAGUUCAAAGUUCAUAGAUUUACAGUUUGACCAUUGGAUGAGGCAAUUAAUACAUGAAAUAAUCAACAUAUGAUCUACAAGACUGCAUAUGCUGCUUCUACAUUCUAAUAGUUUGCACUUAAAUCCUUUCAGAGUAUCACUUAGUGUGUCUGCUUCUUAUCACUCAGAUACAGAAUUUGAGGAACCUAUCAUGUUUCUGCUUCAGGGAUAAUGCAUUAUGCUGUUAACAAGAUAUGAUUAUAUUAGAAUGGAAGAGUCUUCAUGGUUCUUUUAACAGCCUAGUUCUUAAAUCAGGCUUCUGAGUUCAUGUGGCAGCCAAAGAAAAGCUAAUCUUGCUUUCUGGGUUUAAAUUUAUACGGCAACAGUAAGCUUUGCUGAAUAUAGUGUUCUGUUUUAUAUUUUAACAGUCAACAUCACUGUGAUAAGGUAUAUUUUGAUUGAAUGGAACUGAUUCUGAAAUGUUCACCUGAGGUGCUUGGGAGGGGGAGAAUGACAAAAUGUGUAUUGUGAUGUUCUGUGAUAUUACAAAAUACAUUAUGUCAUUUUGGCAUCAGUCUGGCUAGCGUGGAUACUUACAGCAUUCAAGAAAGUAUUUUGCCUUAGUUUGCAAAAGUUGUAUUUGUAAAUUUUAUUGUAUUAUAUGAAAAAAUUAAAUGCAAUGUUUGUAUAUAGAGAAAUGUCUGGCAAUGGUAAUAUUAAAGUUUGAAUUGCACUGAACUUUUUAUCAGAAACUACCAGUUAUACAUUCAUACAUAAUGGAAUAAAAAUAAAGCUUUGUGAAUAGAACUGAAGUCUUACUGCAACAAAAUAGGUUUUUACUGAUAAGUGCCCUUGGUUUGAAUAUAAAUAUUAGAAUUGCAUAUUUUGAAUGGUAGGAGAAAACUGUUUUUGAUUUUGAUUGAUUAAUUUCAACAGACAAAAAGUUCUAAAGAUUGCAUUUCUUAAAAUGGGCUGGAGGGUUUUUUU